CAGACAACACCUAAAUUUUAAAAUAAGCCUGUUUUAUUUUGGUUCCCAGAUUGAGCUUAACCGUAUUUAACCUUUGAACAAUAUUGGACCCGAAUCGAACACACACUCAAAACAAAGAAGGCGACUUUUCCGCAAUGAUGAGCACGUGGGCAGCGAAGCACCGAGGAUCUAGGAGGUCCGUGGCAGGUCAGAGCGUUUCAGAGCUCCCUGUGUGCCAGGAACCCGACCCGCUGAACACCUAUGUCGAGAAACCACUAACCAUGUACCAGUGGAUGCGCUGGACCAACUGCAAGACCCAUAAGCCGCACCUACAGGAAACAUACCCCUCAAUCCUGCCCCCAAUAUCCAGAUGCGACGAUGCCAAGACUCUGAAGUACGUUGAAAGCGCCAUGGAGGCCAACAAAUGCAAGGACUAUGUCAGGGAAGAUGUGCUGGCCGUGUGGAACCACAGUCCCCAGAAGGACUCCUUGGGGUGGUAUGGCGUUAGAUCGCGGUACUCGACUCCACAGGCCGCUUUCUAUGACCGCGCUUUGAAGAAAAGCCUACAGGCGGCUAGUCUGCUGCCAAAACCGCCGAAGAAGUCGAACAUAAGGCCAAAAUGGCAACUUGAGAAGAAGCCCCCCCAACCUGGCACUUUUGUCCUAAAUCGAAAAUGUCUGAAGGCAAAGCUCGACAGGAUGCCCAACGUAAAACGCCAACUGAAGUCAAACAACGUAUUCCUCUGGCUUCACUGUCCUCAGCCAGCGGAUGCUAGUCAUCCGUUUGAGGAUAGCGCCGGCUAUCCCGCGAUCAGCAGAGAACAGGCGCUGGACAUGGUGAAACCGGAAAGGCCCUCCAAGCAUGGCCUCAGACGUAAGCACUGGUACUGCCCCACCAAAUGCGGCGAGGUGGAGAACAAGUGCACCGACUACGAGUGGGCCAAGUACAAGAUGAAUCCCCGGCCCGACAACGAAGCCUUCCAGCGCGUGAUGGCCAACCAGAAGGGCUACAAGCAGCCGGAGCCCCGCAACUACGACGAACUGUACAAAUCGCUGGUAACUUGCUUCGUUCAAGACCCGAAUGGAAAGAAUGAUCUCUGCCAAGCGCUGGAGAAGUGCUGCAGGGAUCCCAAAGAUCCACCUACCCAGGGAUGCGGCGAGUUCGUACCAGAUGGCGCCGGAGGAGAUGGUGAGUCGGCAGUUAAUAAGGACAAGGGUAGGGAUAAGGACAUGGACGUUGACAAAGACGAGAAAAUUGACAAAGACGAGGACAAUGACAAAAACCAGCAAAGGGAUAAAGGGAAAAAGGGUGCUGGUCAUGGUGAUGGCGACAAUGACAAUGAAGGCUUCGGAGACGGUGAUGGUGGUGAUGGCGAUGGAAACGAAAGCGGGAAAGGAAAAGGAGGCCAGAACGAACAGGGCAAGCGCGAAAAGGGUGAUGGAGAAGGCAACAAGAGAUCUGAAAAAGAUGGAGGCGAAAAGAGUAAGGAAAAACCAAAAGAAGCCAUUGAAAAAGAAAAAGACAAAGAGAAAGACAAAGACAAAGACAAAGACAAAAACAAGGAGAAAAGCAAAGAAAAGAAAGCCAAAGAGCCGAAAAUUAGAUCCUCUGAGGACCCCCUAGUGCCCCAUAGUACAGAUACCAAUCCAGCGACUGAAGGAAGCCACACUGGUGUUGGCAAUUUCGGUGGCACUGGGGGCACGACCAAUAGCGAAAAAGAUUUGGACAAAAACAAGAACCAGUCCAACAGGACGAGCAGUAACAUAGAUCAAAAGCAGCAGAGAGACAAGGAGAUGGACCAGGGCAAAGGUAAGGACAAGGGCAUGAAAAAGAAGAGAGGCAAGAGGAAAAAGAAGACGGGGGACAAGGGUAAUGAUAAGGGCAAAAAUAAGGACAACCAGACCGAUGGCUGCCCUUGCGAGAUCUGCUGCCCGCCCAAAGAAGAGGACACUCCGCUGAUCAAGGAGAUGCGCCGGCGGGAUCGAGAGCGCCAGGUGCGCGAUUACCUCCGCCAAAUGCGUCAUCGCCAAUACAUGGAGUGCAAGGAGCGCAUAUACCCGAGCCCGCACCACAAGUGUGAUGCAAUCCAGUGCAGCAACCAGUUCUGCAGCAAUCCCCGCAUGCAGACUCAUUUCGCCAGAGUCCAGGCCGUUCGAAGCUUACAGCAGAUCCUGCAGAGAAGAAAUCGCCAAGGCGAUGUCAAAAUCUCCAACGAUCUGAAUUCACUAUUAACACGGCUUUGCAUUAGCCUGACAGGAAGUGAUAGUCCUUGCAAAUGACCCGGCCUCGACUGUGUUUGGUGAUGUUUAACGAGUCCGAGUCCGCAAUUGUAACUUGUGCUUGAGUUUUAGUGGUAUUAAUGUAUUGUGCUGAUUUAAAGCGAUCUUCAUUGCGUCCUUUAAAUAAACUAGAUUUCCUAGCCGAG